CACCCCACCGCCCGCCGGCACAGCUGUCCGGAUACUGAGGAGCCAGGGGGUCUGCUCAGCCCAGGUGCCCGCCGCACUCAUGACCACCGCGAGCCCCCUGCGCCCGCCCGCCACCCCCUCCCUCCUGGGCGACUUCGGCGACAGCCACAACUGGACGGAGCUGCUGCACUUCCUCAACCAAAGCCUGGCCCUGUGCGAGCUGGACCUGAACGUCGACGUCAAGAGGGUGGUCCUGUUCGUGCUCUACCUGGCCGUGUUCGUGGCCGGCCUGGUGGAGAACCUGCUGGUCCUGUGGGUGGGCUGGCACGGCCGGGGCCGCCCCCGGGGCCCGCUGCAGCUGUACGUGUUGCACAUGGCGCUGGCGGACCUGGGCGUGGUUCUGGUGCUGCCCGUGUGGAUGCUCGAGGUCCUGCUCGACUACACCUGGCUGUGGGGCGGCUUCCUCUGCCGCUUCAGCCACUACUUCUACUUCGCCAACAUGUUCGCCAGCGUCUUCUUCCUGAGCUGCCUGAGCGCCGAGCGCUGCCUCGGCCUGGUGCCGGGCGCCGCCCACCGCGGCCCCUCGCCCCGGGCCCGCCGCGCCGUCUGUGCCGCCGUCUGGCUGCUGGCGGCCGUGGCCCCGCUGCCCGAGGUGGUGCACAUGCACCUGCUGCCGGCCAGCCAGCCCGUCUGCAUCUUCUUGGCCCCCUUCGAGAGCUACGACGCCUGGGCCCUGGCCGUGACCCUGGGCACCGCCUGCCUGGGCUUCCUGCUGCCGCUGGCCGUCGUGGGCGCCUGCAACCUGCUCAGCGCCCGUUGGCUGUGGCGCUCGGGGCAGCCGGGCGCCCGGCCCCAGGCCCUGCUGCUGCUGGCCUACCUGGCCGUCUUCCUGCUGUGCUGGGCGCCCUACCACGCCACCCUCCUGCUGCUCACCCUGCACAGCGCCUACCUGGAUCUGCCCUGCUCCCUAGCUUACCUCCUCUACUUCUUCUACGACGUCAUCGACGUCGUGUCCAUGCUGCACUGCGUCGCCAACCCCGUGCUCUACAACUUCCUCAGCCGCGGCUUCCGGCGCCGCUUCCAAGACGCCGUGGUGCUCUACGUGGCCAAGGCCGGACCCCGGGCCGCCGCCGCCGCCGCCUCCUCCUCCUCCUCCAGCACCCAGCACUCCAUCAUCAUCGCCAGGGAGAUGGAUGCUCCGUCCGGCCCCUCUGCAGGCCUGACCCCGCCCGGUCUGCCGAGCCUCAGCCGGGACCCCUCCUCUAAUGGCCCCGACCCCAUCUCUCCCGGCCCUGUCCCCUCCCUCACCUGCCCGGCUGCAGCCCUGACCCCCUCUCUGGGCUUCAUCCCCGUCCCUGCCCUCGCCCCCUCUGCCCAGCCCUGA